AUGGCCUCCUUGGCUCUCAAUCUCGACGAGAGUCGAGAUGAGCCUAGCGAGACUCGAACCGACCCCGAAGCAGGCCGGCCGGUCUCUGGACUCACCAGUAGCACACAGCUGGCAUUUUCAGCACACAGCACUCCACCCGCGUCACCUGCCCGCAUCACCCCCACCCUCUUGAUACCGGUGCAAGCCGCGGAUGCUACACCGGCCUCGGACGCACACGCGAAUGCUACACCAGCCUUGGACGCACACGCGGAUUCUAUUGGCUUGGAAUCUGGUCUCGUGGCCUCUCCUCAUAGCUCCAAUGGUGCCGGUCAUGUCAUUCACUUGAACGUCAGUAAUGGUCCGAAUGAGCCUCAGGGCCUACCGGCUUGGGGCUCCAUUCGUAGCCGUGGCAGCCAAAGCGGGCUGACGCCCCUUGUUACCGCUGGACGGGGAAUACCUCCAACUGAGGGGCACCACAUUCGCUUUGGUGAAGCCAUCGUGCAUAUGGAUGCCGUCGAGGUUGACAACCGUGCGAACCCCUCGCGCAGGGAGGUCGGUGUUCAAGCAACAGAGUUGGAUGAGACCCUCAUCAAUGCCUUGCCCAGUACGCGAGCCGUGCAAUUUCAACAUCACAAUCUUGCACGAGAGAUGAAGGAGCAGCAAGGUCGUUUGCAGUCGGCCCACACCAGUCGUCGCGCUAGCCAGCGAGUGCUCCAGCGCAUGGUGUCUCGCCGCAAACACAGCCGCGUUGCUCCUCUUCUGGAUGACAUGGACCUUGAUAUUGACGCGCCUACGCGCUUGAAAAACAGAGACAACGUGCGAGCUAACCUCAAGGGCUGGCGUCUCGUGUGGUAUGACUUUCGUACCUGGGUCCAGAUGCAGCGCCACAAACGCCGUGAUCCCAUUCCCAUCUGGCGCAGUGCCAUCAAAGACAUUGAGGGCCAGUUCGGCAGUACCCUCACCUCCUUCUUCGUCUUUCUCCGCUGGUUGUUCUUGCUCAAUGCAAUGUUGGCCAUGCUGAUCUCUUGCGUCAUCACUAUCCCUACGCUCAUUACUUUUGACUACCAAACGCGCAUUACGGAGCGCUUCCAAUGGUGCGGCUGCUUUACUUCAACUUGCCUUGCUUGUCAGCGCCAAAGCUACUUCGAUAACAUGAUUGCGAUACACAGGUUUAAUCUCUUUGACGGCGAGGGCGCCAUGGGCGAAUCAUGGGCCUUCUUUGGCGGCUACGAUGCUGUCGUCGACAAUACCUAUCGCAUGGAUCUGAUGUACAUCCUGACCAUGAUUGUUCUCUUCAUUGGAUGCUUCGUGUUUGUGGUCAACAACAUAGCCAAUGCUAUUGGAAACCUCUCCUCGUCUGGCUCCUUGGUCAAAGUGAGCGUUCGAUAUCCAUUUGCCACCAUCAUGUUUACUUCCUGGGACCACAGCUUCACUUCGAAUGAGGUAAAGGCGUGUGCUUUUCCUUCCCACCUCAUCCAUAACACAACUUCAACGUCGAGCCAAAGUUCAAACGAGUGCACGCUUGGCUUGCGGCGCUUGGCACAGGGCGUGGAAACCCUGCAAAACACUAUUCAACAAGCAUUUUUCGAAACUCUGGCCGAGAAGCGGGCCAAAGAGGAGCUACAAGAGAUGCGCGAUACUCCUUGGCGUCAAAAGGCACGCCUUUACGGUUUUCGAGCGUUGGCAUGGUUCAUUUGGAUGACACUGGUAGCCAGUGCGUUUGUGGCGGUCUGGUUUGUUGUGCAAGAGAGCACAACGAGUGGCCAGCAGACGGUGGUGCAGACCUACGGUCCGACUGCAGUCUUUUCUUUUAUUAAUGGCGCACUUCCAUAUCCCAUCAAAAAGCUGCCCGUGUUCUUAGAGCACUACAAGCACCCUAAAACUGAAAUGGCAAUUACCAUUCUGCGCACGUUCUUGUUGCGCAUUUUGACCAUUUAUGCCCUGCUCUACGGCUUUUUUACCAAAUAUGAGCUGGAUGCUGUUCAGCUGCCCAGUUACAACGGCACCGCCUACGUGUCUCAGGCAGAAUGUGCCGGCACACGGGUGGGGCAAGACUUGUGGAAGCUCAUCAUUGUGGACACAGUCGUGUCAAUCUGCCAGCGUUUCGGUGCCACCCUGUUCUUCUACAUUGUGUACAAACACCGUGUCCAGCUUGAGGUCAUCCAGUCUGUGUUGGGCCUUGUCUAUCGCCAAGCAUUCUAUCAGUGCACCCCUAUUCUCAUGAUGGGUGUCGUUGUGGCCGCGCUUCUGGAUCAGGUCAAGCGAAUUUGUCGACCGCCAGACAAGCGGUUUGUCCAAAACCGAAACAACACUUUUUUCAUGUUCUGUCUUGCCAGCACCCUCUUCUUCGUGGCCAUUCCCGUUGCGUGGGCGCUAAAGGUUUAUGACCCCAACUGCGGGCCCUAUGCCCAGAGCCGUUACGAGUCAGCCUUUGACGGCAUUUGGGAGUGGGUGAAGGACCAACGCACGUCCUUCCAAGACUUUAUCGCCACUCUGACCGACCCGGUGCUCGUGUGCGGCGUCUUCAUCAUGCUUGGUGUUGCUUUCCGAGCCCAACACGUGCGCCUCGAGCGUACCCGACACAAGUAUUAUGAAAUCUACACCGAGAUUCAACAGUUGCGUCGGGACAAACGCUUCCUGCUGGAGAAGAAAACAAACUGA